ACGCCGUCGAGUCGACAAACGGCCCGGCAGCCCGAUAGCCCCGAUAGCCAUAGUUAUUAGUUAAACCGCUUUCGCGUUAAAGAAGAUUUUUGUUUUUUAUAACUUUAUAGCUGUCUGCGGUGGCAAAAUGAGAAGAAGUGAAGUCCACGCAGCAGAGUCUGUUGCCUACCUCAACAGAGCUCUGGUCAGGUUGCAGGAUAUUUGGGAAGAAAUCGGGAUUCCAGAGGAGCAGCGCCUACAGAGAACCAACGAUGUUCACAAGCACAUUGAAGGUUUGCUCGACCUAAUGAUUUCUGAAGAAGAGGAGCUCAAAAAGAGAUUACUGAAAAGCAUAGAGUCCUGUCUUAAGGAACUUAAUGACUUGUGCAGGGAACUUCAGCUGCCCCCCUUUGAGGAGGAGGAUGGCUGCACCAUGUUGCAGAUGGAGAAGAAUACUCGCACACGUCUAGAGGCGAUGAAGGAGCACAAGAGGCAAAGAAUGCAAGAGCUUAAGGGCCUCAUUGGCAAAGACCGUGAGCUGUGUGAUAUUAUGUGCACUACCCCUUUUUCCAUUGACCAGGACUCCAUCCCAUCACUGCAGCAACUGGAGACAUAUCGCACCUACCUGGAUGAUUUGACCAAAGAGAAGGAAUGUCGUCAUGAUGAAUUUGUGAGCAUCAAGAGGGAUAUCAUCGCAUGCAUGGAUGAUCUGGAGCAGCAACCAGAGACCAGUUUUGAGGUGGAUGUGAUGUGUGAGGAUGAGGAGGCAUUUUGUCUGUCAGACGACAACAUUGCUGCUGUUAAGCUACUCCUCCUUCAGUUACAAGAACGCAAGGCGGAGAAUGAGGUCCGUUGUUCAGCUUACCGCACUAAGAUCCAGGAGCUGUGGGAAAGACUUCAGAUUCCCCAAGAGGAGAGAGAGCCCCUUUCUGAGCAUAUGGUUAAAUCAAAGAAGAAGAACAUUGAGGCACUCAGGGCUGAGGUCCAGCGUCUAGAGAUGCUGAAAAUGCAGAGCAUGAAAAGUGUCAUUGAGGCAAUCAGAGCUGAGAUCGCCCUUUUCUGGGAGAGCUGCUUCUACAGCCAGGAACAGCAGCAAGCUUUUGUUGCAUAUCAUGCUGAUGAUUUCACUGAAGAGCUUCUCAACCUGCACGAGGCUGAGGUCAAGACCCUGAAGAAGUAUUAUGAGGACCACAGAGAACUUUUUGAAGGAGUCACAAAAUGGCAGGAAAACUGGACUGUGUACUUGGAACUUGAUAAAAAAGCGAAUGACCCCUCGAGGUUCAACAACAGAGGUGGGAACCUUCUGAAAGAAGAGAAGCAGAGAACAGACCUGCAGAAAAGUUUGCCGAAGCUGGAAAAGAGUCUGAAAACCCAAAUUGAUGCUUGGGAGCUGGAGCAUACCAAGGAGUUCCUGGUCAACGGACAGAAAUUUCUUGAGUAUGUGCAGCACCAGUGGGAUCAUCACCACACUGAAAAGGAGAAGGAGAAACAGGAAAGGCAACUGAAAAAGACUAAACAGACACAGGAGGACAUGUUAUAUGGAACUGCAAUGAGAACACCAUCCAAAAGGCGGAUAGCAGUGACUCCCACACUUGGAAAAGUUAGAAAGCUCAAUGGAUCCUCGACCAUCUCCACUCCAACAAGUUUCCUUAGUUCAGGUCUCAGUGGAUCCAAGUGCCAGUCGUCCAUCCAGAAAGCACCUCUGUCUGCCAGCAAGGGUCUCGGCCUGCGAACCCCUGGACAUGGAAAGACUCCCCGUGCACUAGACCGAAACAAGGAAAACAUCUCCCAUCUUAAUAGAAAUACUCCGAGUGGCGCACUAAGGUCUCAGGAUACUCAAGAUCACACCUUCACCUUUAACUCUUUUGCUGGCUCCUAUUCGGAAUUUGCGAGAGACCUCUCGAAGGCUUCGAAAGCGAACGUGAAGGCCGGACUGCUGAACUCCACCGUCAGUAAUCAGUGACGAGUCAAAGCAGCCGCUCUGCCACCAGAAGUCGUCCAGCUCAGCGGUAGUUUGGUGUAGUUUUCGUAUAGUGGACAAGCCGGGACUUUAAUGUAAACUUCUUAUAAACAUGUAAAUAUUUUGAUCUGUGUCUCCAUCUAUCCUGUUUUCACAAGGCUUUCUUUCAGGGUCACUGCUGAAGCAGUUUUAUCUGCUGUGUAUAUAAUAUGGCAAGUUAAUGAUAUUUGUACCAAGGCUGUUGUGGCAUUUUAUCUUACAUUUUUCAUUUGGGGUUACAGCCUUUUUAAGCAGAAUGUAAUUAGCCAUAUCUAGAGCACUACAUUGUUUUCAUACUACAGCAGUUAGCCAGCGCACAAUUUUCUUCCCCCAGCUGGAAUGACAGCUGAAUUUGUUCUUCAGAAAUUAAAUAUUUUGAGUGCUUUUUUUUUUAAUCAAGCUGUAAAUAAACGUUUU